CAUGACUGCAGCAGAUUUUCAGGACUCGACACCUGAUGAGACGUCAACAUUAAAGCACUUUUUAGAGAAACCUCUGAGAAGUGCUGAUGUGAGCCCUCUUCUUUCUCUCUCUCCCUGUUGUGGUUGUAUCGAGGUUUUCUGUGUGUAAUAGUAAAUAACUGAUUACCAGUGAUACCGCCUACAGGUCCUAGUAGAGUGAAACCAGCCUCGCUCAUCAUUCCUGCAGUGUGCAUUGUGGCAGCAGCUCCUUGGCAGAGUCCACGGAAGCUGCAAAGCACCCACACCCAUUGAGGAUACAGGACUACUCUUACUCUCCCUCCUCCCUCCCUUCCUGUCUCUCUCUGAUGCUGUCUCUCUCAGUGCUGCGCUCAGCCUUAACAGAGCUGCUUGGCUCGUAGGCAGGCAGUCCAUCGCCUUCUCAAGCCACUUGCCACCGAGGAGAAACUUCAAGAAGCUCACUCACACAGCUUCCUUUUCCUCCUGCGCAAGGAUGCUGGAGCUCGGACGGAGAUGGAUGAGGCUGGUGUGCUUGACGGUUUUGUGCCUGUAUCUCUGCCUGCCAAGGGAAUCAGACGCCAGAAGAGCCCCUAAGGUACCCCGCUGUCCUGCAACCUGCUCCUGCACCAAAGACAGUGCUUUCUGCGUGGACACUAAAGCUAUCCCCAAGAGCUUUCCUCCUGGAAUCAUCUCUCUGACAAUGGUGAACGCAGCCUUUACAACAAUCCCAGAGGGAGCUUUCUCGCACCUGCACCUGCUGCAGUUCUUACUAUUGAACUCCAACACAUUCACCAUGAUUGCUGAUGAUGCUUUUGCUGGCCUGUCUCACCUGCAGUAUUUGUUUAUUGAGAAUAAUGACAUCCAGGCUUUGUCAAAAUAUACCUUCAGAGGACUCAAAUCCCUGACUCACCUAUCACUCUCAAACAACAACCUGCAACAACUGCCCAGAGAUCUCUUCAAACACCUGGACAUCCUCACCGACCUAGACCUGCGAGGGAACUCUUUCCGCUGUGACUGUAAGAUCAAGUGGUUGGUAGACUGGAUGGAGAAGACCAACACCUCUGUUCCUGCCAUCUACUGUGCCAGCCCCUUUGAAUUCCAGGGUCGCAGAAUCCACGACCUCACACCGCGUGACUUCAACUGCAUCAGUGCAGAUUUUGCAGUUUAUGAAACCUUCCCGUUCUACUCCGUGUCCGUGGAGUCAUAUGAGUUCAGUGGAGAUCAGUUUGUUGCCUUUGCUCAGCCUGAUUCAGGGUUCUGCACCCUGUACAUAUGGGACCAUGUGGAGAUGGUCUUCAGGAGGUUUCACAAUAUUACUUCUCGUUCUGCUGUGUACUGCAAACCAGUGGUUAUAAACAACACCCUCUACAUGGUUGUGGCUCAACUUUUUGGUGGAUCGCAUAUAUAUAAGUGGGAGGAAGAUCCACAGCGUUUUGUAAAGAUCCAAGAUAUAGACACCAGCCGGGUGAGGAAACCCAACUUCGUGGAGACUUUCCAGGUGGAUGGAGAGUGGUACUUCAUUGUUGCAGACAGUUCCAAGGCAGGCUCCACCAGCAUUUAUCGGUGGAACAGCAAUGGCUUCUAUUCUCAUCAGUCUCUCCACCCCUGGCAUCGGGACACCCAUGUGGAGUUCCUGGAUGUCGGGGGAAAGCCUCAUCUCAUCCUCUCCAGUGCCUCUCAACCACCAGUGGUUUACCAGUGGAACCGAAACCAGAAGCAGUUUGUGUUUCACUCCCAAAUCACAGAGCUAGCCGACGUGCAGAUGGUUAAACACUUUUGGGUGAGAAAGGUUCUUUACCUUUGCCUCACACGCUUCAUUGGUGACUCCAAGAUCCUCCGCUGGGAAGGACAGCGUUUUGUAGAGAUCCAGACACUUCCCUCUCGGGGCUCCAUGGCAGUGUAUCCUUUCACCGUGGGCCUCCGCCAGUACCUCAUUCUUGGAAGUGAUUUCUCCUUCUCCAGAGUAUACCUGUGGGAUGACCUCACUCAGCGCUUUCAGCCCUUCCAGGAGCUCAACAUAAGAGCCCCAAGGGGGUUCAACUUCGUAUCCGUCGACAACAAAGACAUCCUGCUAGCCGCCAGCUUCAAAGGCAACACCCUGGCUUACCAGCACCUGGUGGUGGAUCUCAGUGCCAAAUGAACAUGUCAGAGCACUAAGAGGCAUCUUUCAUUACAGUAUAUAGAAUAUGUGCCAAACAAGAUCGCAAAAUGUUUAAGCCAUGUUAACUAAAAGUCUGCUGUUUCCUCUAAUGUCUUACAUGAGAUUAUAUAUAUUGAUUGUUUAAUCUAUUUUUGUGCACAAUUCCUUAAAAUUUAAAUGAAAUAAUGUGUUGAUUAACAUGUCAAUGUAACAUGUUACUGCUGCACUAUUUCUGCUCAGCCAAAUUAUGGCUAGGGCAAUGUUGUUUUGGAUUAUGUUUUGUAUUGCACUUAACUAACAUGGAAAUAAUUUGCAUGAGUCAUUUACUUAAUUAUUCACUGGAUCAGGCUGAAUAUUGUGUAGCUGAGAGGAUAACUAUAGAUGUUUUGUAAGUUAUAUGGUGAACUGGGAACUAUUUUGCAUGCCACUGUACAACAAAAGAAAAUUAUGUACAAUGCAAUACAGAAAAAAAUCCUUCAUUACAUUGAUAUUCAUAUAUGAGUUGUCCUUGUAUCAGUUGUGGAUUGAAUGUUUCUUCUGUAAUCAUCAAAGUUGCUCAGAGCUGGCAUGGACAAAACUAAACAAAAGGCCAUAAAAUUAAUGGAGAAUGUGAAGUAUUGCUCUGUUUAUUUUUGUUAUAAUGCCAGAAUUGUAAAGUCUAAAUAAAAAGUAUAAAAAAUACUA